UUGUUUUCUUUCACAGCUUCUGUCAUCAGUGUCAAUAGAUACCUAUCCCGUUUUAUUUCUAUUUCAAUUCUCUUUUCCUCAUCGAUCAAUAAAAUACAGGGAGCGGCUUAUACAGAUUACCGACAUUUAUUAGAAUAUGUAACAUCCAAAGUGUGUUGUGAACAUUUUAAUUUAGCACAUCCGUCUCUAUCAAGAUGCAUCGUCGAGGCGGGAAAAGGAUCCGGAUGGAUGAUCCUCCACCGGAGUACGUGAACCCUAUGACUCCGGCGACCCCCAUGACGGACCACGGCGGGCAGUCCGUUCACGAGCCGGAGAACUUCAACGUGAACUACUCGGGGUUCAAUGUGGGGGCCGUGGCGAACUCGACGGUGGCGGAGGCGGCCCGGGACGACCCUGUGGAGGAGCCUGCGGAUGAGGACGAGCUGCGGUCGCCGUCGCCGGCGGUCACCAAGCGGGUGACGCGCAGCCGCGGGCGCGGCGGCGACGGCGGGUACGUGGGCCGGCUGGCGGAGUCCCCGCCGCCGCCGCCGCUGCGGCCCAAGCGCGGGCGCGGCGGGCGGGGCCGGGGUCGCGGCCGGGGCGCCGCACCGCCGCCCUCCUACUCGCCGCCGCCGAUGCUCAUGCCUGGCGAUGAUGAGAACAGCCUCUACAAUAUACUGAGAUUCAACAAGACGGCCAUCAAUCAAGUGGUGGACAUGUGGAUCGAGCAGUACAAGGUGAACCGCGAGAGUGCGCUGGUGCAGCUCAUGCAGUUCUUCAUCAACUCGUCCGGCUGCCGCGGGAAGGUCACUCCCGACAUGGCGCAGAUGGACCACACGCUCAUCAUCAAGAAGAUGACGCAGGAGUUCGAUGAGGAAAGUGGCGAAUACCCGCUCAUAAUGGGCGGCCAGACAUGGAAGAAGUUCAAGUCCAACUUCUGUGAGUUCAUCCAGACCCUGGUGAAGAUGUGUCAGUACUCCAUCAUCUACGACCAGUACCUCAUGGACAACAUCAUCUCGCUGCUCACUGGGCUCUCUGACUCGCAGGUGCGGGCUUUCCGUCACACCGCUACUUUAGCCGUCAUGAAGAUUAUAACAACUAUGAUCGAAGUGGUUCUUUGUAACGCUCGCAACUUCGACAGACGGGUAACCAACGUGUGCAGCGUGAUGAAGCUGAUGACAGCCCUCGUGGACGUGGCUCUCCUGACCUCCGUGAACUGCGACAACUGUCUCCGCCAAUAUGAAGCUGAACGUCUCAAGGCACGGGACAAGCGCGCCACCGAGCGGCUGGAGGUGCUGGUGGCUAAACGACAGGAGCUGGAAGAGAACAUGGAGGAGAUCAAGAAUAUGCUGUCGUACAUGUUCAAGUCGGUGUUCGUGCAUAGAUACAGGGACACGCUCCCGGACAUCCGCGCGAUCACGAUGGCGGAGAUCGGCAUCUGGAUGGAGAAGUUUCCCGCGCACUUCCUCGACGACCUGUACCUCAAGUACAUUGGGUGGACGCUGCACGACAAGGUGGGCGAAGUCCGCCUCCGCUGCCUCCAAGCGCUGCAACCUCUCUACGAGUGCGAGGAGCUGAAGGGGAAGCUGGAGCUGUUCACCAGCAAGUUCAAGGACCGCAUCGUGUCCAUGUCGCUGGACAAGGAGGGCGAGGUCGCCGUGCACGCGUGCCGCCUCGUCAUCGCCAUACUCAAGAUGCACCCAGACGUGCUGACAGACAAAGACUGCGAGAACGUAUACGAGCUGGUCUAUUCCUCGACGCGCGCGGUCGCGCAGGCGGCGGGAGAGUUCCUGAACGUGCGCCUGUUCCGAUUGGAACAAAACGCACCGGAACUGAGAUCGCGUCGCGGCAAGCAGCGUCUACCCAACACUCCACUCAUCAGAGAUUUAGUACAGUUCUUCAUUGAAUCUGAGUUGCACGAGCACGGAGCCUACUUAGUCGACUCUCUCAUCGAGUCCAACCCAAUGAUGAAGGACUGGGAGUGCAUGACGGACCUACUGCUAGAGGAGGCCGGCCCGGGUGAGGAGCCGCUCGACAAUAGACAGGAGUCAUCCCUGAUCGAGCUGAUGGUGUGCUGCGUGCGGCAGGCGGCGACGGGCGAGCCCCCUGUAGGCCGCGCGCCGGCUCGCAGGCAGCUGCUGAGCAAGGAGCAGGCCAAGCAAGUCCUAGACGACAAGAUCCGCAUGACGACGCACUUCAUACUCUGCCUCCCGCAAUUAUUGGACAAGUUCGGUGCGGACCCGGACAAGCUCAGCAACCUGGUGUCCGUGCCGCAGUACUUCCAUCUGGAUACUUACACUACGCAGCGACAGGAAGGAAACCUGACCCUGCUGCUCAACAAGCUGCGCGACAUCGUGUCGGUGCAGACGGAGGGCGAGGUGCUGGAGGCCUGCGGGCGCACCCUCGAGCUGCUGUGUGACGAGCAGUCCGCCGUCUACACCAGAUGCAACGUGGCGCGCGCGACGCUCACGGACAUGUGCGUGAACCGCUACAAGGAGGCCAUCGACGAGUAUAGAAGUCUCUUGGAGGGGAACGAAGAACCGGACGCAGACGAGACAUUUAACGUGCUCAACUCACUUCGCAAGGUGUCCAUCAUGUACAUGUGCCACAACCUCAACGACACCAACAUCUGGCAGUCGCUGAUGGACGACCUGCCGCAGUGCCACGCCCCGCAGCACACCAUGCCCGUGCAGGCGCUAGUCUACGUGAUCCGCUCCCUGUUCUACUCCCUCCUGUGGGGCCUGCACUCGGCGGAGGCGCGCGGCGAGGGCGUCCCGGAGCUGCGCCGGCGCCUGCUCCAGUACAUGUCGCAUUGUACUGAAGCCGUGCGGAGCCCCGCCGCGCCCGAGCUGAGAGAGGAGGCAUACAUAAGCAUCUGCGACCUCCUAAUCCUGUUCGCGGAGCAACUGUGUGCGUCGCACCGCGGGCCGGGAGCCGCCGCGUGGCGCGAGCUGGUACUGACCCCUGAUGAUGAGCUGGCAGACUUGUUGGACCAGUUUGUGCAGGAGCGGGUGUUUGUGCACCAGAACUAUGACGGUCAAGACGAGCGUCGCAUCGAGGAGCUGCACAAGCGGCGCAACUUCCUCGCCGCCUACUGCAAGCUUAUCGUCUACAAUGUGAUACCGAUACGCAGGGCCGCUGAUGUGUUCAAGCACUAUAUCAAGUGCUACAACGACUACGGCGACAUAAUAAAAGCCACCCUCUCCAAAGCGCGUGAAAUGAACAAGCUUUCGUGCGCUUUAUCGUGCGCCCUCGCCAUGCAGGCCUGGUACACGGACAAGCAACCCACGCGCCCCGCGCACAUACAGGAGCUCAAGGAGUUAGCCAAGCGUUUCUCCGUAAUGUUCGGUCUAGACGCCAUGAAGAACCGCGAAGCUCUCACAGCUCUGCAUCGCGCCGGCAUCUCCUUCGCAGCUAUAGAUGCGCAGGCGCAGGUCAAGCCGAAUCUGCUGUUUCUGGAGGCGCUGGCCGAGUUCAGUAACAAGCUGUUGAGGCAGGACAAGAGAGCUGUGCUCAAGUUCCUGGACAGCCGGCUCCCAUCAAACCUAAACUGGGGCCCGGAGUGGGCGCCGCUGCAGGCGUACCGCGCCUCGCUGCUGACCGACUCGCCGGACGAGCGCCCGCCGCCGCCGCCCAAGAAGCACUACGCACGGCGGACACGUACGUAUUGUGUUGUCUGUACAGUGUGUUGCGGAAGUGGUAUAUGAGGCUGACACGAUUUCUAAUGUGGACCUAUGGAAAAAAUGCAACCAAACCACAUUGAGGAAAGAAAUCGCAAUGAGGCGCUGGAGAUGGAUCGGCCAUACAAUGAGAAGACACGACUGUAACCAUGCUCAAGUUGCUUUCGAGUGGCAGCCUGGCGGAAGAAGGAGACCAGGUAGACCCGUACAGAGCUGGAGAAGGUC